AUGGCUAUUGAUAACCAGACAAACGUCAACGAGAUUGAAGUCGACCCCAUAUGGAUGUCAAGUCGCACUGCGCGACAAAUCUACGCCUUGGGAGAGGUUGAGAAGGACAUCAGCCGACUACUGUCAUUAGCAGCCUCAUCUAUGUCUCUGCUGACACUUCCCCAAACCGACCGACCGGAAGACGAGUUGCCGCAAGGUGGUGAACGCUCCGAGAAAUUCGUCCUAGAAGUAAGCGAGUACUUCGAGAGGCUCGAUGCCAUACACAUUGCCAUCCGUUCCUCCCUCGCCCACAUACGACAGUCUCGCAUUGCACCCUCUGCUAUCAACGCGCCGCCUCCAGGCUUCAUCCCGCCUGCGCUCGGUGUGGGAGUGCCGUCCGCUGACGGCGAUUACACCAAAGGCAGCCGUGGUCUUCAGGAAGAACGAGUCGAGCGCGACGCAUGGAAAGCCAUUCUUGACGCACUCACUCGCUUGAAGGAGGCCAAGGAACAUGAAGCGGCGGAGAGCUCGGAAGACAACACGAGCGAGUGA